UUGUGUUGGACUUUGACACUCGAGUUCCUUCUCCGUCUGGUGUAAGAUCAACCACCAAACAGGAUGCGUCCCCUGAAGGAUUGUUGGCCCUUUAAACGUCAGCACAGCUCCAUCAGCUCUGUGCUUUUCCACCAAACUGUUGUCCUUCUUUUUCUAACACCGAGCUGUGCAGCUCAGUCUCUGGUGUUUACACCAUCGCAGCUAAUCGUAGCCAGAGUUGGUGAAGACAUUGUGUUGCCAUGUUAUCUGGAUCCUCCUGUGGAUGCCACUGACCUGACCGUGGAGUGGAGGAAACCUGACCUGAAUCCUAGAUUUGUCUAUGUGUGGCGUGAUGGUGUAGAGCUAGCGUUUAAAAAACAUCCAUCCUAUGAAGGGAGAACAUCAAUGUCCAUCAACAAACUGAAGCAUGGUGAUAUUUCCCUUAAAGUCCACAAAGUAAAGCUCUCUGAUGAGGGGAGAUAUGGAUGCUUCAUUCCUACACUGAACAGGGAGGCUACUGUUGAACUUCUGGUCGGGGCAGUCUCAUCCCUCAUCAUCAGCUUUGGGACAACGGAGACUGAUGGAGACAUCAGAAGGUUGGUGUUUCAGUGUGAGUCCGAAGGCUGGUAUCCAGAGCCUGAGGUGUUGUGGCUGGACAGUGAGGGAAAACUUCUCUCUGCUGGAUCUACAGAGACCAUCAGAGGUCCCGAUGAUCUCUAUACUGUCAGCAGCAGAGUGACUGUGGAGAGGAGACACAACAACAUGUUCACCUGUAGAGUCACACAGAACAACAUCAACCAGACCAGAGAGACACACGUACAUGUUCCAGAUGAUUUCAACAAUGUUCAGUGUUCUGCGACUCUUCCAAUCAUCUGCAGCCUGGUUGUGGGUUUUGUUGUUAUUCUUUCAGUCGUCUUUUUAGUGUGGAUCUGGAGACAGAAACAAAAAAGGAACAUCCGUAUGCAGUCAAAGAAAGACACAACAUCAACUUUAGGUAACACAGAACUUGACUUGCUCAAUGCAAAGAAGACAAAAACACAGCAGGACUUUGCAGAGAGCCCAACCAUCCAAGAUUUGGAUGAGAAAAAAGCCAGCCUUGAUGUAAAGUUAAAAGAAAUGGAGGACAAAAACAGAGAUUUGUUGGUGAUGAUUAAUUCAUUAAUGAAUUACAAAAAGGAUCUGGAGGACCAAAGAAAGCAUUAUAAGGAACAUCAGCAAGAGAUCCAGAGACAGAACAGCCAGAAUCAUCAUGUGUUAGAAAAAGAUUUGAUAAAACAGAAUGGCGAGAGUUACGUGAAAUACUCCGAGGAUAAUGAAACAGACAUGAUCAUGAAGUCCAUAUUAAAUAUGGUUGAUCAAUUGACGGAGAAGAAGCAGCGUUUGAACAGUAGAAUGGAUGAAAUUAUUAAACAACAGGGUGAGAUCAAGGAGCAGAGAGAUAAACUACAGACCAAACUGAAGGGCGGCAGUAGCUCAGUCAGCUGCCAGUCCACUUCCUGAGCACUGCCGAGGUGCCCAUGAGCAAGGCACCGAACCCCAAAACUGCUCUAGAGUGCUCGCUGUGUGCAGCUCCCUCACUCUGAGACCUCUCCAUUAGUGCAUGUCCAUAGGAUCCUGCAUGUGUGUGUAUUUCGGCCUAUGUUUGUGUAGCAUGUUAAUUAAACAGAGUUUAAAAACUGCAUUUCCCCUCGCAGGAUAAAUUAUUAUUAUUAAGUCAUACGUUUCAGAGACAAAAUUUAAAAUGAUUGAUGAAUGAUGAAGAAAAAAAUUUAGAAAAACGACAAGCUUUUCAGUCCUCAUCCAGUAUGGACUGUUGAUCUAUGUUGGAGCUAUUUAAUUGGGCAUAGAAUUAGUUUUUGUAUUUAGUUUACUGAUAUUUGGGUGGUGUUGUUUAUUUAAUUAUUCUACACGUUUUCUUUAUUUAGAAAAGAUUUUGGGUAACGUUUUCUUUUUUGCUAGUUAUUUGUUUAGUAAAUUUAGUUUUGUACUAGUAUUUUGUUAGGUAUUUGGGCAAUACUGUGGGCACUGGAGAUUAUUUAAGUAAGCGGCAGGUAGAGGACCAGAAUGCACCUGGGUGGGCCUAUUGUUUUUUAACAGGUCAAGAGAGGCAGCGGGAGCCACGAUUUUCUUUGUUCUUUUGUUUGUUUUCAUCAAAUAAACCAGCAAAAUACCGCA